GGCCCCGUGAAAGGCGCUAAGGGUCUCUCCUUAGUCCUUGCUGAAUUCAUAUGUUUAGAAAAAUACCUACCAACGGUCAAGCUAUUUUGCCAUAUCUGCACCACUUGGGCCAGAGUCGUCUGAGGGUGGAUAGAGGGAAGUCUUGCGAGCAAACUUUUUCCAUAUCAAAUCACUCUGUUAUAAGUAUAAUAUCUUCGAUUUAUUCUGAAAAGCCACGUGUUGGAUCAGCAAAGCCGGAUAAUUUUUUUGCAGCUUUUUAAGCGAUUUUAAUCCUGAAGAUUGCUCACAUCAGCGCCAAGAUUAGCACGAUGGGCAGGGAAAUUGACCAAUAGGAUUGAAACAAUUUUCUGCGAGCAGCAAUCCUUUAAGCUGAUACGUAAAUUCUUCACCAUGCGAACCAGGUCACUGAUUCUCUGAACACUCACAACUCACAAGUGCAUUUUUGUGCAAAACGAACCAAAACAAACUCAUAUUUCACUGUGAUGGGGGAUGGUGUGUGAUUCUGUGCAUGAUUCUAAGCAAGAUUCCCAUAUUCAGUGUUGGUUUGGUAUCAUGGUAUUUUAUCCAAUAAAAGGAUACUUGUCAGUUUGGAGUCAAUUCUGAAAUGCUGACGGCCUUCACUUGCACUGGCAACUUCAACUUGUUCCGCAGCUUCAGCUUCGCACACCAUUUUAUGCGCCUGGGUCCGUCUGAUUAUUGAGGCGGUCGCUCUCCGCUCGCCGCCAUGCCGCUGGGACUGGGCGACCCAGCGCCGUGCUCGGCUGCCGCCAGCGAUACGACAGAGGAGGAGGGGGAAGAGGAUGCGGGAGACAUCGGAGCACGGCUGGAGAGGGAGCAGGAGCGCUUCAGGAGGCUGUUCGGGGUGUUCGACUCCAACCAGGACGGCUACCUAGAUAAAUGGGACCUGGAGCGGAUGUGUCGCCAGCUGGGGCUGGACGAACAGGCCGUGCCGCUCAUCCUCAACCAGCUGGGCGCCGAUCAGAUGGGUCAGCUCAGCUGCGACGACUUCCUGCGCGCCUGGAUCGAGCUGCGGACAGAGGUGGAGCGUCUCCGGCAGCCGGCGGCCGCCCCGGCCGACCACGGCGGCGACCGACAGCCGCCGCUGGCGCCGUCCGACACGCCGCUGGGCGACUGCGUGUCGUGGUCGUCGGGCGCCACCUCCGGGGACCCGUCCGACAGUCUACUGGCGCUGCUGGAGCGGGCCGGCCACCAGCCGUCCGAGGAGCGCUGCCAGCUGCUGCUGGCAGCCGAUCAGGUGCACCAAGCGGCGGUGGCUGCGCUCCGUUCCGAGCUCGCCGUCAGCGCCGCCCGACUGGCUCAGCUCACAGAGGAGAACAGCCAGCUGCAGAAAGCACUCAGCAGGACACUGCGGAAGCAGGCGCGCAGGGAGCGCUUGGACGCUGACCGCGGGAAGAGCCGCGCGCGGGAGCAGGCGCGCAGCGAGCGCUCGACCGCCGAGCGGUACGAACAGCGCCUGGUCGAGCUGCACAGCGUCAUCGCCGAGCUGACGCGCAAGCUGCAGCACCAGCGCGCCGCCGCCAUCGCCGAGGAGGACGAGGACGAGGCUGACUCCGACUCCGACUCCGAGUCGGCGGCGCCGUCCGGCGAGCUGCCGCCCGACUCGGCUCCGGACUCGGACUCGGCCGCGCCGGAGGGCGAGCGCCGGCGGCCGGCCUCGCCCGGCGACCUCGGCCGAGACGCGCCACACUCCGGACUGGAAGAGCCGCUGGGGGCCAGACAGACCUCGGUGCAACAUGCCACGACGGCACUGGCAGCGGCCGACCCGCUUGGGGCCGCCGAUAGUGCCGACAAGGCGUGUCAGAUGACGGAGCCGGAGUCUGAGGCGGAGCCGGACCGGGAGCCGGAGCCGGAGCAUAAUCCGGAGCCCGCCGCGGACCGACCGCGCUCGCCGGCCGGAGCGGCCCGGCCGGCGGUCAGCAGCGCUCCGCCACCAUCGGACGGCCACCGGACACUGGAGCGCGAGAUCCACUCGCUGGUGAAGGAGAAUGGACGACUGCAGGAGCGGCUGGGACAGCAGGAAGCCGAGAUCAACCGGUGCAGGAUCGGCACCGAGGGGGCCGCCGAGGAGCGUGACCGACUGCGACGACAGGUUCUCGAGUACCAGCGGCUGGUCGAGUGCGCCUCGCCCCGCUCGGCCCGCUCGGGCCGCUCGGGAGGCUCGGCCGGCCCGUCUCCGGUCGUACCACGUGUCGCCGAACGGGUGCGGCUCCGGCCGGCCGCAGGAGUCACCGGCUCGCACAUCGCCGCACUCGGGGUGGAGAGCACGCGGGUGGCCGAGCACCUGGUGCAGGAGUACCAGGGCGCCUCGGCGGCCCAGGAGGCGUUGCACGCCGCGGGCGGCGACCCGGAGCGGCUGCUGCGGGCCCAGCUGGAGGCGGAGCGGCUGCGCGCGCGGCUCGAGCACAGCCAGUCGCAGGUAGACGUCCUAACGCUCAGCUUGGAGACGGCGCGCGCCCAGAGCGAGCACCUGGCCGCGCUCUGCGGCCGCUACGAGAGCAACUGCGUGGCGCUGCAGCUGGCGGCCGAGGCCGGCGACCAGCUGACGGAGGCGUUCGACCUGCUGGUGGCGCUGCAGGACUCUGAGCUGGCGCUGCUGCUGGCCAGCUGCCGCGCCGCCGGACUGGGCACGGCCGCCGGACGGCUGCCGGCCGCCGACGCCGAGACCGCGCUGAGAGUGGCCAGCGAGCAGCGGCGCAGCUGCGAGAACGUGGCCCGCCACGCGCUCAGCCGGCUGGACCGGCGCGCGGCAGCCGCCUCUGAGGAUGGCAGUCAGAACACCAGCACGACGUCCUCGUCAUCGAGCGGCGUGGACGUGGACGUGGGCCGCUCGGACGAGACGCGCGUCCGCCAGCACAUCCAGCGGCUCAAGGUGGAGCGGGCGCUGGUGUGCGGCACGACGGUGCACCUGGAGUCGACAUGCCACACGCCGCCGCCGCCGCGGCCGCUCAGCCCGGCCGCGGCGCAGCGGCUCGACCUGGAACACGCCGUGCUGGUGCAGGAGCUGAUGGCGCUACGGGAGGAGCGGGCGGAGCUGCGCUCGCGGCUCUUUCUGGUCGAGCGGGAGCGGACCGGUCUGGAGCUGAAGCUGGCCUCGUGCGCGGCUAGUGAGCAGGCUCACCGGCUGCAGUUGGAGCGGCUGCGGGGACCGGCCGCCGCAAACGACCGGGAACAGCACUCUUCUGACGCCGUUGACCAGCCCGGCUCUGAGGACGGCGGCCCAGAAGCGGCGCUGCAGACACAGGUUCGCCAGCUCUCCGCCAGUCUGGACGAGGUGACGCGGACGGCUGAGAAACGACAGCAGCACGCCGACCAGUUCAUCGCUGAACUCAAACGGGCCAACGGAGCUCUGGCGGACGCUCUGGAGAAGACGAAGCGCAAGUACCAGGCCAAGCUGAAGCGGCUGGAGCAGCAGAUGCUGCAGAUCGUGGAGCGCCACUCGAAUCAGCAGCACCAACAGCACAAGUCACUUCCAGAGCGUCCGGGGCUGCAACAGCACCAGUCGCCGUCUGAGCGUCUGGCACCACAGCAGCACCAGCAGCCGCACCAACAGCCGCACCAACAGCAGCCCCCUCCGGAUCGUCCGGCUCCCCAGCAGCACCAGUCGUCGCCGGACCGACCGUCGCCCCGACAGCCGUGCUCGCCUGUCGGCUCCCGACUACCCGUCAUGUCCCCGGCGGGCAGGCCGCCACCGGUUGCCGGCCGCCGGCCCAGCCCGGCCACUCCGAAACGGACGGCGCCGCCGCCGCCGCCGCUUUCCCUGCGCCCCCCGGCCGGGCCGCGCUAACCCUGUCGGAGCCGGCAGAGGUACUCGGCAGGUACCGUCGGCGGGAAUGGGCGAACCGUCAGCUCGGCUAUUGUGAGCACCGCAUCCCCUAGAGACGUGGGGCGUGGGACUGCGUUUGCCAGUCCCGCUAGCACCUGCAGUGUAUGUACUUGUGGCGAAGUAUGCACGAUUGUGAGCGACUACCCGUCGCACAGGGUUAAAAUGGAGAGCUACCGCGCCAUGUAGAUCGUAGCGUAUCAACCAUGUGCCUGCCGCGGUGCCAUAGCGGGCCCAGUGCGCCCGCCAACGAUCUCGUCGACCCGUGCCCCGCCUGGGCCGCUCCCCAGCCGGUCUGCACUAUGUGGAGGCUGGCUGGGGUGGCCGGACGCCAGUGCGGUCCAGGCUAUUUUUUAGAUGUAUGUGCCAAUGUUUUUCCGGUGCCAAGUGGAGCGCCAGUAGGAUGGUAUGUGCGGACGCUGUGUAGGGCCUCUAGUGAUGAAUUCAGUGGUCCGAACGGGCGUCAGGUACCCAGUUAGGCCGCUGCCCAUGUAGCGGCGUCUCCGUCUUCCGUGAUAAGCCAGUGGUCGUGGCUGGUGUAUAUUACCGUUUAGGUAUCCAGGCAGGCUUUGUGGCUAUAGGCGAGCAGGCCAGGCGGUCAGAUCUUUCAGCUCAGCGGCAGACUAACAGUGGCAUAUGCGUUUGCUCAGCUUGGGUUACAUUUUCCGCGACGUCUAGCGCUUCUGGUAAUUCCAUGAAAUGUGCGUGACUGGAGAGGAGGCUGACGAAGUGAUAUUUGAGCGACAGCGAAUGAUGCGUGCUCGAAACUCCCGAAUCCUAUGCAAAUCAGUU